UUGCCAUAUGAAGAAUGAGGUGCGUUUUCGAUAUCGUGCUUUAAUCGAAUUAAUUGGGCUGUUGACAUCAAAAUUGAACUUUUCAGGAUCAGGUGGUUGAAGACUUGGCCAAGGGGGAAAAACUAUAUCUCCAAUUACAAAGCCAUUGAAGACUUUUAACAGAAGAUUUGGUAAGAGAAAAAACAGCUUUUCUGCUCCGUCAUGGGUUUGGCUGUCAGCAAUCUGUUCAGCCGUUUAUUUGGCAAUAAGGAGAUGAGAAUACUGAUGGUUGGCUUGGAUGCUGCCGGAAAGACCACCAUCCUCUACAAACUCAAGCUUGGAGAAAUUGUCACAACCAUCCCCACGAUAGGUUUCAACGUAGAGACGGUGGAGUACAAGAAUAUAAGCUUCACAGUGUGGGAUGUUGGCGGUCAAGACAAGAUUAGACCACUUUGGAGGCAUUACUUCCAGAACACACAAGGUCUGAUUUUUGUUGUAGACAGCAAUGACAGAGAGCGCGUCACUGAAGCCAAAGAGGAGUUAAAUCGUAUGCUUAAUGAAGAUGAACUCAGAGAUGCUCAUCUACUGGUGUUUGCUAACAAACAGGAUCUUCCCAAUGCGAUGAGUACAUCCGAUUUAAGUAAUGCCCUUGGUCUGUCAAAUCUGCACGGCCGAAGUUGGUACAUCACCGGAACGUGUGCAACCACGGGGGACGGACUUUACGAAGGCCUAGACUGGUUAUCGAGUCGAGUCAAACAGAAAUAGUGCAUAACAGGCAAUUACGGUGUGAACUUUGUGGCUGAAUAACCAACCGCAAAGUUUUAAAUGCAUUCAUGCAAUAAAAUGACAAAUAAACUCUUAAAAGGUAUCUGAUCAGGAAUUCUAACUGCUUGAAGUAUUAUAGUAAAACAUACAUACAUGCAAAAUCUUUGGCAUACAGUAUGUGUUGUCCAUUGAUUCAGUGUAGGGACUCAUUUCCUAAAGAAUUACAUGUACAGCUGUGGUUACUUUGCCUUUGUUUAAUACAAUGGAAACCUUGAUUGUGAUUGGCUGCUGAACCCUGUUACCAUGGUUACUGGACAGUGGCAAAUUUACAAUAACUUGUUAUAAGGUAGGCCCCAGAACCCUGCAAUAUGAAAAAAAUAUAAUCAAUAAUUACUAACUUUCGAUACAAGGUAUGACAUAGUUACUGUCCUGAUGAAGCCCUAUGGGUGAAAAUUUGAACAAAAUUUGUCUCUCUAUGGUUGUUUUAUUCACCUUCUAUUUUGUGUGCCAUACUUACAUUGACAAUCACAUUUAAUCGGGAAUUGAUUAUUUCUUUCCUGCUACUUGGUGCAGGCAUAAUUACAUAUAUGUUAUUACAUGUACCUUUAAACAACUUGCAUGUAAAAUGCAGGGAGAUUAUUCUUUAUGGAAAGAGUACUACGCCCAGAUAAUGAAAUAUAUAGUAGGACAUACACAUACAUGUAUGUCAUUAGCGAAGUGUAAUAUUCAGAUAUUGUUGUAAGCUGAUGCUAUCGGCUUCUCUGCUCCGGUGACCACUGUGCUAUGUUGUUAUUAAAGGUCAAGUCCAUCCCAGAAAAAUGUUGAUUUGAAUAAAUUUAGAAAAAUCAAACCAGCAUAAUGCUGAA